AUGCACUCUCUGGCUCCAGCCACUGAGACAUCCUCAUCCCUUGCAUCUACUGUUGAUAUUUCCUCUUCUUCUCUGACCAUGUCAGAAAAUUUCCAAAAUCCACCUUUGCUCGGAAUUUCAAAGCCUCUGCAGCUCUCUCUUCCUGUGGUGAGCAAUGCAGCCUCCUUCGCAGGAAGUGUCUGCAAUUUCUCCAGAGUCUCUGCUCCACCCCCCGGUGCAGCAUGGCUACUGCCCUCAGCCUCUGACACCUCUUUCCAACCACUCAUGGGGGGAGCCUCCCUGUACCAACAUGCUAGCUCAGCUGUGUGGUCUGGAGAGAGUGUCCAGAGCCAGAUCUUCACUUCAGGUGCUUCCAAUCCUGGUGUUUUUGAGUGGGUGCUCACAGGAGGCCCUGAACAAAAGUUCCUAUCACUCGGUGACUACACUGUGACUGUCACUGACCAGAACAGAGCUGUCUCCUUCAUGUCUAUGGCAUCUCAGUACCAUAACACCUCAGAUGGCAAUAACGUGGCCCCUCUGUAUCCAUUGCUUUCUGCCAGCCUUGUUCAGGGGGCACCAUCUCAGAUUCCAAAUCAGGGCCAUAACCAGCCACUUCCUUACCAGGAGGGAAGUCAGGUCUAUUACUAUAAUCAAUGGGCUCUACCCUCUGGAGAACAUGGCCCAUACCUGCAAUCCUAUGGCUCUGUGACUGACACAGAGAGCAGGGUCUCUGCCCCUCAACUAGAAAUGGUCAUGGUGCUAAAGGAGAUGCAGCCCACAAAUGUGAGACCACCAGCCUCCACCUCUGGGACCUUCCACUCUGUGUCUGCUCAAUCCAUCACAAAGACAAGUUUUCAAGAGACGGAGACUUCCUUGGGAUUAGAGACCUCCCUAGGGUUGCAACCUCCAAGCCCAAUGUUUUGUCUACUGAAAACCCCAGAAUUCCCCAAGCCCUGCAGUAGCAGAUAUAUCCAUAUACUUGAGACUAACUCACCACCUGAGCUUGGGGAUAUUUCAAUGGCAGCCCCACUCCAGAGUCCCAGUAAUCCCCUGGCACUGCCUCUACCUCCAAGCCAGGAACAGGAAGAGAAAAAAAAUGUGGAGGGUAUUACAACCAACCUUGCAAAGCCUCUGAAUGUCCACCAGAAGGCAACAGAAAACCAAGAUCCUCCCGGGCUCAUUCAAGAAAUCCUUGACAGUCCUCAGGUGUUGGCCUGCAUCGAUCUCUUUGGCCAAGAGGAGCAGCCUGGUUGUGAAAACCCUGGCCUGGGAAAAAACAUCCUGAGUAAUAAGGACCAAGGGACACUUGAGUGUGGGACCGAAUCUGACGAUAGCUUUGUAGAUAUUGCUACACUGGUAGAGAACAUUCAGCUUCCACAGGUCCUACAUUUCUUGGAUGACCUUGAUCAAUCAAAAGGUCCCAAGGUAAUCAAAACCAAAGGCAUCAGAGACACUAAGUUGAGGGGGGUGCAGAAAAAGUCUAGUGUCAUAAAGGCUUCCUCUGAUCAUGCUGCAAAGAACAAAAACGAAGCCUCUGAGCCUAUCAGGGGUGCUGCCAAAGCCAACAGCAAGCCUGAGAGCCCAGACUGUGUGUCUGAGAGAGAACUGGUUCCUAGCCAUGGUGCAGCCACUGACAGCGCUCCAGCCAUCAUGGCCAAGCAUUCUAACAGCAAACCUCCGAAGGCUACCUCUGGCAGGACCAGCAAAACUAAGAGCCAUGGGCCAGAAAAGACCAAAAGAAACAAAGAAAACACCUCUAAGAAGGCUGAGGAGGGUAACCUGUCAGGGGACAAAAUCAAGUCAGGAGAGAAGCCAACCAUUCCCAAGAUGAAGCGGAAGAAAAAUCAACCUGAGCUGACCCAAGAGCCCUUCAAAAAGCCUCGAAGCUGCCUAGCUAGACACAUGCUGGAGUCUGUGAAGGUUUUCCAUCCACUGGGAAAGAAGGUGGAUAAGAAAAUGGACCUGUCUUCCUCCCGAGACCUGGGAAACUCCAGCAACCCCAAAGGCUCCCAGCCAUCCCCAGCUAUCAAACGAAGGCUGGAUUCUGUGCAUGAGGAAAAAGGUCCUGAGAACAAUCAAGUGAAACGCCAGAAACCAGUCGGCAGUGCUGAAAAACAGUGUUCACCUCAAUCUGAAUACCAGCUGCCUCCUCCUGGGAAAGUCAAGUUGGUACCAUUGCUUUUUCCCACCUCGGACAAGCCUGCAGCUCAACCUGUUCCUCGCAGACCACAGUCUCUGGCAUCACGUCGGCCUGCUGUGCCCAACCCUGCCAGGCCUGGUUCUAACUCAGCUCAACCUACUGCAGUCAGUUCAUCUCGCACAACACCUGCCUCCAUGACAGGUCCUGCCAGAGCAGCUCGGCCAAUUUCUACCAAGCCAGACAAACCAGUUUUCACCAACUCUGCCCAGGCCAGUGACCCUCAGUCCGCUGCUGCCAGGCCUGUGCCCUAUGAAACAUCAUCUUGUGCUCCUUUCCAGCGGGAGCCCGUUCGCACUGCUUUGACCACGCCGUGGAGGCCACCCAAGCCUCUAAGCCAAAAUCUACUCCAGGAUUUUGCUGUGCAUCGAAUUCCAUGGAGGAAACCCGACAUUUCUGGCCCAGUAAUGUCAACGCCCAUCACAAAGGAGCAGAGGCCAGAACGGGAGGCCAUGAAGAGGAAGGCCCAACUAGAGCGUGAGAACGCCGCCAAAUACACCUCUUUAGGGAAAGUGCAGUAUUUCAUUGAGAGGGAAAAAGAAAUGGGAAUUUCACAAUACUAUGGCUAUGCAUCUUAA